AUGAAUAAUUUGCUCCUCUGUAUCAUUGCAACAGCUGGAGAAGGCGAUGACAGGGACAAGAAACCUCCAACACGAGAUCCUCUGAUUCGUGUAGGGAAGCCUUUCUACGGUCUGUAUCUGGAUAUUGUGGAUCGCUACUCCAAGUAUCUCUCGGAUAUUACAGAUGGAUUUAAUGUACAAGUGCUGGCUGCAACCAUUUUCAUAUUUUUUGCUAUUAUGUCAACUGCCAUCACCUUCGGUGGAAUCUAUAGUUUCCAAACGAAUAACUACAUUGGAGUCGGGGAAUGCCUCCUCUUGUCCUGUGUGAAUGGAGUCAUCUUCGCCCUGUUCGCCGCCCAGCCACUGCUUGCUGUCGGCCCCACGGGUCCUCUGAUGAUAUUCGACAUGAGUCUCUAUCAAUUCGCUCAGAUGAAUGAAUUUGAUUUCCUGUCCAUGAGGGUGUGGAUUGGCCUCUGGAUGACGAUCAUUGGAGUAGUAUUUGUCGCAUUCGAAGGUGUCGUUGUCGUGAGAAAGUUCACUAGGUUCACAGAGGAGAUCUUCGCUUUGAUGACAAGUCUUAUCUUCAUCUACGAAGCCUGUACACAAAUAGUAGGGUUCUUCAGGGACCAUCCACUCUUGUCAGCAUAUAACUGCCAAGAAGGCGUUCUGUCUAAAAGACCGGAUGAGGACUUGAACGACACAGAUGUGUGGUUGAACACCACUGGCGGAGACGAACUAACACCGGCAAGAGUCUCCCCUCAGCCCAACACCGCUCUCCUCUCCCUCAUCCUCAUGCUGGGAACCUUCACCAUUGCCACUAAGCUCAAGAAGUUCCGUAACUCAAAGUUCUUAGGAAGAAGUUUACGCCGAGGUCUGGGGGAUUUUGGUGUGCCAAUCGCCAUUUUUCUCAUGGUGCUGCUGGACUACGUCAACAAAGACACAUUCACCGACAAACUAACAAUGCCUGAAGGCCUUCAGCCCUCCAACCCUGAUAUCCGCGGCUGGAUAAUUAACCCGCUUGGGCAGGUGAAGCCCCUACCAGUGUGGUGCAUGUUCGCUGCGGGGCCCGCCGCCCUCCUCGUCUUCUUCCUGGUCUUCCUCGAAGGAAGCAUCUGCCAUCUGAUAUUGAGUAAACCAGAGCGCAAGAUGGUGAAAGGAACAGGCUUUCACUUGGACCUUGUACUGUCGUGCUUCAUCAACCUGAUGUCUGGCCUCCUGGGGGCUCCCUUCAUGGGCCCGGCGUGUAUCAGGACUGUGGCUCACGUCGCCGCCCUCACCGUUACCAGCCCUGCUCGCUCUCCUGGACAACCGCCCCAGGUGGAAGGUGUUAGAGAGCAACGAGUGAGUAGUCUCGUGGUGUCAAUUUUGGUUGGGUUGGCUGUCCUUCUCUCCGAUUCCUUGAACCUGGUGCCAAAGGCAGUGUUGUUUGGUGUCUUCCUCUACAUGGGUAUUGCCUCCACUGCUGGCAUUCAUUUCCUGGAGAGGACUGUUCUCAUGUUUAUGCCAGUGAAGUACCACCCUGAUGCACCCUUCGUUAAGAAGGUUCGCACAGUGAAGAUGCACAUCUUCACGACAGUGCAACUGAUAAUGCUUGGUGUCUUGUUACUGGUGUUGAAGUCCCCAGUCGCCCUCGUUCUGCCUUUUGUCCUCAGCCUGCUUGUUCCUCUAAGGCUCUACAUACUGCCUAUCAUUUUUACAAAAUCGGAGCUCAGUGCUCUUGAUGGCACAGACGCUAAUACCACAGACGAUCAUGAAGAACCAGACUUCUACGAGGCGCCACACUCGCUCCCUGUCCAGGCCAUCCACGAGCACCAGAGCCAAGACUCUGGUGGUCGAUAUACAGAUCAAUAAAAUAGAUUACCCUGUGAGUGAGGGGUGGGGGGGGGGGAAGUGGGGACAAGAGAACAUUUUUAGUUUUUUAUACAUAUAUAUUCACUCCUGGAGCUACUUCCUCAGAUUCCAGUAUGGCUCCAAAUGUAUUAAUGUCUUCCUUCAGUACCGUCCGUGGCCUUAUCACAUCACUUUGAAUAGUUUUUAAUAUUUCACUUUUAUAAAUAGUUUUAUUAUUCAGUUUUCAUUACUUUUCGCAAUAACUCAUUUUCUGUGAUAACUAUAUUAGUCAUUACAGUGCUUAGCAGACGUGUGUCAUAUAGUAUUACAGACCACGGGGUCUAGUCUUAUGUAUAUUUCAUUUUAAUCAUUAUACUUACCAUUUCAAGUCUCAUACACAUUCUCUACAAAAUGUUUGAAUAUAAAUUUAAAAAAAUAAAGACAAGGGAGUCAGUCACAUAAUAAUUUAAUCUUGUGCAUUCAAAAAUCAACAAGACUUUUUUUGUUAUUACUAGCAUGACCUUUUGUGCAUGUAUAAACGUAAAUAAACCGCUUCUUAACUCUCAUGCAAAAUGUUGCCACUUUCAAGCCUCAUGAACUGAUACCAACGUGUAGCAUCCCAUGUCCUGUAAUUAUAAUUCAUAAUUAAGAAAUGUAUUUUUUAUA